AUGGAUCUUUCAACCUGGGCAUUACCGCAGCUAUCAAAGCUUCUGCCUCUUGACGACGAGUCGCUGAAGCAGAUAAUAUCGUAUACAGAAUCGCUAUCGCCUAAAGACUCGGCGGAUCAUCUGCAGAACCUUCUGGGAGACAGCCCACAAGCACUCGAGUUUAUCACUUCGUUCAAUAACCGGAGAAAACCGAAAGCUUCCGCUAGUUCUGCCCCGGUCCAGUCAUCAAAUGAUAUCUCAGAAGUGCCGCGGGCCAAGCCAAAGAAGAAGAAGCCCGCUUUGAACAAACUCCCGCCACCACGCCAGCCAGAGAACUAUGGAAACGUGGCAGGUGCAUAUCUCAAGAAAGAUGAAGAAGACUACAUUGCCGGUAGCUCAAAGUCAAAAUCUGCCAAAUUCAGCUUGGAACAACCUGAUGGGUUGCAGUUACCGACCUUCAAUACCACUACGUCAUCGGGAACGUCAACUCCCAAAUCUCGUGCUGUCUCACCUGCUCCGCCAGCGUCGAAGAAACUUCCGGGCCAGCUGAUCUCUGACACGAAACCAAAAGCCAAGGCAAAGGUCAAUGUUACAGGCGGAACGCCUAUGCACGGUGCUUCGACGGCACUCAACGAUCUAGAAUCUGCAAUCAGGGCGCUCGAAAUCCAAACGAACCCCACCCUUGCCUCACAAGACAGCAGUAAGCGGAAAUGCAACUGCAUGGCUACCAGACAUCCAUUGCUCGAGGCCGCACCAAACUGCCUCAACUGCGGGAAAAUCAUCUGCGUAAAAGAAGGCAUCGGCCCAUGCACAUUCUGCAACUCCGCCCUCUUCAGCGCCCAAGACAUCCAAUCCAUGGUACGCGUCCUCCGCGAAGAACGCGGAAAAGAGAAAAUGGCCGCCAACAACGCUACGCAAAAGCGCGCAGACGUUUCCCUUGCUCCCCGCCCCUUCUCCACCCCUAGGUCCUCGAAUACCCCUGUAUCCUCAAACCCCGCCUCGGACGUCGAAUCCGAGAACGAGAAACUAGUUCGAGCGAAACAGCACAGAGACAAACUUCUCGCUUUCCAAGCACAGAAUGCCAAACGAACGCAAGUCCACGACGAAGCGGCGGAUUUCGAAACGACGACCGCCGGACUGAGCAUGUGGGCUAGUCCUCAGGAACGCGCUAUGCAGCUCAAGCGGCAACAGAAGGCGCUGCGAGAGCAGGAUUGGAAUGCGAGACCAGAGUACGAGAAGAGGAAGGUUGUGGCUAGUAUUGAUUUGAGUGGCAAGAAAUUGGUUAGGCGGAUGGCGGCGGCGGAACGGCCUGUCACGCCGGAGAGUGAAGACGAGCCCGUUGAGGAAGUGCAGCAGCGCCCGAGAGAAGGGAAUGGGUUGAGUAGUGGAGGCGGGGCGUUUAGUAGGAAUCCGUUACUUGGGGGUUUGAUUAGGCCGACGUUUAAGGUUGAAGAGGGUAAAGAGAGUAAAGGGAAGGAGGCUGGGGGUGAGAGGAAGCAGACGUGGCGGAGGGUGCAGGAUGAUAACGACGAUAACGAGCAGUGGAUCUUGGAUGGGGGUGUAUACGGUUCAAGAGCGGAUAAUGUUAGUUUGGAGAUGGAUGGGCUGAGGUGA